GAGUCCAUCUCUCUCGUUCAUGGCGGCGACGACCCAGGCAAGCCUUCUGCUUCAAAAGCAGCUCCGUGAUCUCAUGAAGAACCCGGUGGACGGGUUCUCUGCUGGCCUGGUUGAUGACAGCAACGUCUUCGAGUGGAACGUCACGAUUAUUGGGCCGCCGGAUACGCUUUAUGAUGGUGGCUAUUUCAAUGCCAUUAUGAGUUUUCCUUCCAACUACCCAAACAGCCCUCCUUCAGUUAGAUUUACAUCAGAGAUGUGGCAUCCAAAUGUCUACUCUGACGGGCGUGUUUGCAUAUCUAUCCUUCAUCCCCCUGGUGAUGAUCCAAAUGGUUACGAGCUUGCAAGUGAACGUUGGACACCUGUGCACACGGUAGAGAGCAUAGUUCUGAGUAUUAUUUCUAUGUUGUCAAGUCCCAACGAUGAAUCUCCUGCAAAUGUUGAAGCUGCUAAGGAAUGGAGGGAGAGUAGGGAUGAGUUCAAGAAGAAGGUCAGCCGCAUCGUCAGGCGAUCCCAGGAAAUGCUGUGAGCCCGAAAAGAGCGAAGCGCAGCGAGACAUAAGGCGGAUACUGGAUGCAGCAUGCUUGGUUUGUGCAGGUCGUGGUGUGGGGGAGAGAUGAGUUUCAGGUUUGCUGCUUUACCGAGGUGUUAUCACUUGCAGCCUCGGUGGAAUUCCCAGUCUGCUGUGGUCUCAAAAAGCUGUUAAUAAUGUCAUUUGGUGGGUUCUUAAUUAAUGUCAUUUCGUCUCUUCUUUGGAAUUUACGAGACAUCUCAUCCUUGAGAUAUCAGUGGAUUAGCAGUAAUAUUUCCUGAUAGCCUCAUCAAGUUCUUCCUGGGAUUCUUUACCCAGGACUGUUACUUUUGGUAGGUGGAAAUGCAGUUGAAUGAUUGAAGGUUUUAGGUUUUA